CGUGCACGCCGCCUGAAUCUCCGCGAGUUCAUUGAAAAUUCAGCGGUUACUCUCGCUACGAACGCAAGAAUCUUAUCUGAUGUAAUAUACUGCUGAAAACAUACCGCUACAAUUAUGAGGGAUAAAAAGAAAACGCCUCAAAAAUCGCCAGAUAACGAACCAGACCUAAAGUUAUCAUAUUUCCAAAUUUUUCGCUACGCAACAUGCACGGAAUUGCUGGCCACAAUCGUCGGUAUAUUAGCCGGUCUACUCAGCGGAGGCGGCGUCUGCUACAACCUCGUACAGUUCGGCGAGUUAAGCACUGCUUUCGUAGAGAGAACAGCCCAGCAAGAUCAACUAUCGAGCUACAUGCCUCUUACGAGUUUUUUUGGAGGAGGUCGGAGGCUAUGUAAUGCUUCGAACGAGGAAAAUAUGAAAGCUCUCGUAGAGGAUGCAACCGCAAUGGCAAUAGGAAUGUUCAUUAGUAUUGGAAUAUCCUUGAUAUUGUGCAUGCUCUCUGUGUCUCUUAUAAGCUGGAGCGCCUUGCGACAGAUCACAAGAAUACGUCUACUAUUUUUAAAAACAGUAUUGCGGCAAGACAUGGCGUGGUUUGAUACAGAUAAUGAAUUUAAUUUGGCCUCUAAAAUGUCUGAGAAUAUGAUGAAACUCAAAGAAGGAAUGGGGGAGAAGAUCGGAGUGGUUUCAAAUCUUAUCGGAACAGCUAUAAUCUGUCUCUGUCAGAGUUUUCCAAUGGGCUGGGAAUUAACUCUCGCGUGUGUCAGUGUUGUACCAUUUUCAAUAGCAGCAUCGGUUGUUUUAUCUAACUAUCAAACUAAAUCUUCCAUUCGAGAAAUGGAAUCUUACAGUCAAGCUGGCAAGCAAGCGGAAGAAGUUCUUAAAUCUAUAAAAACCAUAGUGGCAUUUGGUGGAGAAGAUAAAGAAGUUCAUAGGUAUCGUCGCCUUUUAGAUCCUGCAGAAUUAUAUGGUCGUAAACGUGGCCUCUAUACUGGAUUGGGUACAGGUUUUAAUUGGGUUCUCACAUACUCCCUUAACGCUAUCGGUCUGACGUAUGGCGCGAGGCUUGUUCUCAUCGACGCUGAUAAACCCACUGACGAGCGAAAAUAUCUCGUUGGCGUUGUAUUCAGCAUUCUCUUCUGUGUUUACAUGGCUACGCAGUCGAUUACUUUUUGUGUUCCUCAUGCAGAGAUAUUUGCCGCUGCUCGUGGAGCUGCCGCUAGUAUUUUUUCCCUGCUCGAUAGAACACCUCAAAUCGAUGCUCUUGACAAGGGAGGAGUAUCGCCUAGGCGAGUCUUAGGAGAGAUCACACUAGAAGAUGUCCACUUCAGUUAUCCAUCAAGACCCAAUGUCAAAGUUCUUCAAGGGAUCUCUCUGCACAUUAAAGCCGGUGAAUGCGUGGCACUUGUAGGCUCCUCGGGUUGUGGAAAAUCAACAAUACUUCAACUUUUACAAAGAUUAUAUGAUCCACUGCUUGGUGUAGUGAAACUUGACGGGAAAAACGUGAAAAAUUUAAACUUGGGCUGGCUUCGGUCGUCUUUAGGUGUGGUGGGUCAAGAGCCGGUGCUGUUCCGAGGUACAAUUCAUGACAACAUAGCUAUCGGCAGUCCUGAGGCGACUCGGGAGGAUGUUCAAAGAGUCGCUGAUAUAGCAUAUGCACAUGAUUUUAUCACACAUCUUCCAAAUGGCUACGACACUCUUAUUGGAGAGAGAGGAGCGUCUCUCUCUGGUGGUCAAAAGCAGCGAAUCGCGAUCGCUCGCUCUCUGCUUCGUGAGCCGGCAGUGCUUCUACUAGACGAGGCAACAUCUGCGCUCGAUAAUCAGUCAGAGCGCCAAGUGCAAGCGGCAUUGGAUAGAGCUAGCGAAGGUCGAACUACUCUCAUGGUUUCGCACAGAUUGUCGACAAUAGUAAAUGCUGAUCGUAUUAUCUGUAUGGACCAAGGAGUGAUCGUUGAACAAGGAACUCAUGAAGAGCUCAUGAAGGCUAAAGGAUUUUAUUACAAACUUGUGACCACUGGAAAUGAAAAUAAGGAACCCGAUGUGAUAGAAACUUUGCCUGAAGAAGAAAAUGGAGAUGCUGACAUUGGAGAUUUGGCUGUUGUAUCCAGGACAGAAGUUAAACGACGAUCAACAAGAAGAUUAGUUAGGCACCAUUCUACUAAAAGAGAAUCGCAUGAUUGGAUGACACCUCGUGGAUCUAUAACAUCCGUUAUGUCUACCGGCUUACAGAGCUUCGUAUAUAACGCUGAAUAUGACUCUGGAGACGAAAAAGAAGACGAUGAAGAAGUUAAGCCCGUUAGCGACUGGCAACUCCUAAAACUGAACGCUCCAGAAUGGCCAUACAUAGUAAUUGGUUCAAUUGCUGCAUUUAUUCAAGGCUCAUGUUUCCCUGUUUUCGCUUUACUAUUUGGAUAUACCUCAGGGAUUUUCGUUUUGCCUGACCGUGACGAUAUUGUAUACUAUGCCGACUUCUAUUCAGGCAUGUUUCUUGUGGUAGCCGCGGUCGCUGGAUUAUCAAUGUGUCUCCAAAGUACGACAUUCACCAACGCUGGACUCAAGAUGACUACUCGACUUAGACAACAGUAUUUCUCUGCUUUACUCAGACAGGAAAUCGCUUUCUUCGAUAAAGAAUCUAAUACAGUGGGUGCAUUAUGCGCAAGAUUAAGUGGUGACGCAGCCGAGGUCCAAGGGGCAACGGGCUUGAGAAUUGGACUGAUUUUACAAGGAACAAGCUCAGUUGUUGUCGGGUUUAUUAUGGCCAUUUGCUAUAAUUGGAAAUUAACGCUUGUCGGCACUGCAUUCUUACCUCUUAUGGUCGGAAGUAUUUGGUUAGAAGGUAUAAUUUCGCAAAAAUCUCAAUCUGACGAACGCGCCGCAAUGGAAUCGGCGACGUCAAUUGCAACCGAAGCUGUGGUCAGCAUCAGAACUGUCCAAAGCUUAGGUGUGGAAAAUGUAUUCCUCGAAAAAUUCAAGGAAGCGCUAAUACUUUCGUGCGCAGCCGUCGCUAAAAAGACGAGAUUGCGAGGUCUCGUACUGGGUUUAGGGGUGUACGUUCCGUUCAUGUCCUAUUGCAGCGCCACCGUUUAUGGCGCGGUUCUUGUCGCUAAUGAAGAAGUCGAAUACAAAUAUGUUAUGCUGGUCAACGAAGCUCUCAUGUAUGGUGCGUAUAUGUUAGGACAAUCACUAGUUUACGCUCCCAGUUUCAACUCGGCCAAAGCUUGUGGGGCGAGGAUUUUAUCGAUUAUUAAUAGAGAACCUAAGGUGAAAACAGAAACUGGAAUUAGGGACAGAAAAGAUUGGGUCGCUUCAGGAAACUUUAGCAUCAAGGAUGUCGAGUUCAGUUAUCCAACAAGACCUCACCAGAGAAUACUGAAAGGGGUGGACUUAAAAGUUGAAGCUGGUAAAACAGUUGCUCUAGUUGGAGCAUCGGGUUGUGGCAAGUCUACCAUCCUACAACUCAUGCAAAGGUUUUACGAUCCUGAAACUGGCAAUAUUGAAUUAGACGGGCGUGACACACGAUCUUCGCUCACUCUAACAAGGCUGCGUCGUCAGUUGGGUGUUGUUCAGCAAGAGCCAGUACUUUUCGACCGGACCAUUGCAGAGAAUAUCGCUUACGGAGAUAACAACCGUAAGAUCACAACGCACGAGAUCAUCACAGCUGCUAAAGCGGCAAAUAUCCACAAUUUCAUCGUGUCCUUGCCCAAGGGCUACGACACAAACUUAGGUUCGAGUGGCGCUCAGCUAUCUGGAGGACAAAAACAAAGAGUGUGCAUUGCAAGAGCGCUCAUAAGAUCUCCACGACUGCUUCUUCUCGAUGAAGCGACGUCUGCAUUGGACGCUAAUAGCGAAAGAGCUGUUUCCGAAGCUCUGGAGAAAGCAGCUAAAGGAAGAACUUGUAUAACCAUAGCUCAUCGUCUUUCAACUAUCAAAGAUGCUGAUUUAAUCUGUGUUUUAGAUAAAGGAAAAAUCGUGGAGCGAGGAACACACAAAGAAUUAAUCAACUUAAAGAGCUAUUAUUGGCAGAUGUGUAAAGGACAAAAUGUAGCUUAAUAAGUUCAUACUUAUUUAUAAUAUGAUCGCAUUACAAAUAAGAAUUCUCAAAUGUCGUAACUACUUUAAGUUGUUUGUUUCUGAAUCAAGUAUUAUACGAAAUGUAUUACUUUUAUAAGUU